UUUUAUUUUGUGAUUGCCAGCCAACGAGUUUGGACGCAUAAAUUAUCAUCACUGCAACCCGUGGAAUUUUUUCGCACAAAUAGCAACAACAACAAAAUGUCGUCCACAGCCGUUCAGCCACCGCCGCCCGUUCCCCCGCCGCCACCAUCGGCCGUCCCUUCCGCCGGAAAGGGCAUCCACUCCAAGCUGUACAACGGGAUGAUUGGCGCCGCCGACAAAUUUGUGCCCGCCAAGCUGCGGCCACUGUGGAUGCAUCCAGCUGGUCCCAAGACGAUAUUCUUUUGGGCACCCGUCUUCAAAUGGGGUCUCGUUGCCGCCGGCCUGAGUGACUUGGCCCGACCGGCCGACACCAUCUCCGUGUCUGGAUGCGCCGCCCUGGCUGCCACGGGCAUCAUCUGGUCGCGUUACUCGCUGGUGAUCAUACCCAAGAACUACAGCCUGUUCGCCGUGAAUCUCUUCGUGGGCAUCACGCAGGUGGUGCAGCUGGCACGGGCCUACCACUACCACCAGAGUCAGGAGAAGCUGAAGCAGGAGCAGCAGCAGCCGGCGGUGCAAAAUUAGAUACAUAUCGAAUCGAAUACCGGUGCUGUCCCCUUUAUAUAGACUUUAAUCGAACUUUUAUGUACAUACAAAUCCCACAACGCGCAACGUAAACGAAAGGAUUAAGAGGAAGCUGUACUAGCAGAUCGCGAAACUGCGUUUUACAACCUGUUAACCAUUAUUAUUUAUGGUUCACCGCCUUAUCGACGUGAUUCGUAUUACUUAAGUUGUAACUGUGGAGGCUUUGCGUAUAGUUAAAUCGAAACGAGAAUGAUAAAUCAAUACAUUUUAAGACUUUAGUCACUAGAUAAACGUAGUUGUUCGUUUUAUUAAAGUGGAUGUGGCCCAACAUGGUGGCCCAACAAUGGGUUAUAUUCAGUAAUAUAAAUGAACCAAACUGGCUAAAAGAUAUUUUCUUAAAAGUAUUAUUUUAAGUAUGCCAAAUUAGGAAAACAUAUCCAAAAGGCAAAGGUAAUCAAUAUCUUAUUCUUUGAUUUAAUACAAUUAUGUUUGACUGAUUUAAAUGAAAUGAGCUGUUAUUACAAUAAUUGCAAAAGAGUAGAAAUCCUUAGAUUGCAAUAAAACCGGAUUAUCAAGAAGAUAACUC